CGUACCAUUCCAUUAUAAUCCCCAAACAAACAGCUUUAGAAUUUCUCUCUCAAAAGCCAAAAAGCACAUACCCAAAACAGUCAUGGCUGCUUCUUCUUCUUCUUGUUCUCUGCUCUGCUUCCUCUCUCUACUCUCUCUCUUAACCUUAAUCUCCUCCACCACCAUACCAAUCUCACAUUUCCACAAAUACCCACUUCCCCUUCCCUACCAAAACCUCAACUACUUAGCCUCAUCUUCCUUAACCAGAGCCCACCACCUCAAAAAUCCACAACCUACCACAACCACAACAACCCCAAUCUUCUCCCACAGCUAUGGAGCCUAUUCCAUCUCUCUCAGCUUCGGCAAUCCUUCUCAAACCCUCCCUUUCCUUCUUGACACUGGCAGCGACUUUACUUGGUUCCCUUGCACCCACCACUACCGCUGCGACAACUGCUCCUUCUCUAGCUCCACCACAAACCCACACCGAUCUCCAAUACUACCAUUCAUUCCCAAGCUCUCCUCCUCCUCUAAGAUCCUAGGCUGUCUAAACCCCAAAUGCUCUUGGAUUCACCGCUCUAAUACUCAAUGCAAUGAUUGCAAACAAAGCUCCAAUAACUGCACUCAGAUCUGCCCUCCAUAUCUCAUCCUCUACGGUUCAGGCUCCACAGGCGGCAUUGCUCUCUCCGAAACCCUCAACCUUCCUAACAAUACCGUACAUGACUUCCUUGUCGGUUGCUCUGUUUUCUCUUCUUUCCAACCCGCCGGUAUUGUGGGAUUUGGACGUGGCUUAUUAUCGUUGCCAAGCCAAUUGGGCCUUAGUAAAUUCUCUUUCUGCUUUCUCUCCCACCAUUUGGACGAAACCACGGCAAACAGCUCGCUAGUUCUCGACAAAAGCUCCAAAAAGAGUCAGGGAUUGAACUUAAGCUACACUGACUUUGUCAAGAAUCCUAAACUCGCUGACAAACCUGCCUUCUCUGUUUACUACUACGUGGCUCUCCGUCAUAUCAGCGUCGGAGGGCAGCGCGUCAAGGUUCCCUACAGGUAUUUAUCACCGCAACUUGAUGGAAGCGGUGGGACCAUCGUGGACUCCGGGACCACCUUCACGUUCAUGUCACGUGAAGUGUUCGAGCUGGUAGCGGCGGAGUUUAGAAGGCAGGUGAAGAAGCAAGUGAGGGCGGUGGGAGUGGAAGCAAUGACGGGGUUAAGGCCAUGUUUCAACGUGUCAAAGGAGAUGAAAACGGUGUCGUUUCCAGAGCUGAGGUUUCACUUCAAGGGAGGGGCGGAGAUGGCAUUGCCGUUGGAGAAUAUAUUUGCAAUGGCGUGGGAAGAUGAGAAGCGAAGUGGCGGAGUGGUGUGCUUGACGGUGGUGACGGAUGGGGUUGCCGGCGAGAGAGAGUUGGUGGGUGGUCCAUCCAUAAUAUUGGGGAACUUUCAGAUGCAGAAUUUUCACGUGGAGUUUGAUUUGAGGAAUGACAGGUUUGGGUUUCGACGCCAACAGUCAUGCAACUGAUCCUUCAGUACUCCUCAGUGGCUAAUCCAUGCAUGAAGUAGUAGUAUAAUAGUAUUAAGUACUAUUAAGUUUCAGAUUAAUUUAUUUUUAAGCUUUGAUUGUAAAAUGAAAAUAAGAUGGCCGGAUAUAAUAAGUAAUUACUAA